AUGGCUAACCGAACUGUGCAUCCCGAACUGGUGAUUCGAGGAGAAACGCAAAAGUGCACGUUCCUUUCUGAAUUUUUGAAUGUAGGUGAUAAUAUCAGAGAGUUUUUGCUGAGUCUCAGAUACUUUCGAAUCUUCAUUGCCUUGUGGAAUGUCUUCAUGAUGUUCUGCAUGAUUGUGUAA